UUUUUUUUGCAAGUGUGAGCAGAAGUGAUGGGAGUUCAUGGACUGUGGAAACUCUUGGAGAGCACAGGAAAACCUGUCAAUCCGGAAACACUAGAGGGGAAGAUCUUAGCUGUUGAUAUCAGCAUCUGGCUGAAUCAGGCGGUCAAAGGUGUGCGGGAUCGCGAUGGGAAUGCUGUUCAGAACGCCCAUCUCCUCACGCUCUUCCAUCGGCUCUGUAAGCUGCUGUUCUUCCGCAUCAGACCCGUGUUUGUGUACGAUGGAGACGCACCGCUGCUCAAGAAACAGACGCUGGCCAUCAGGAGACAGCGGAGGGAAGAAAUGAGCCGUGAGUCCAAACAGACCACUGAGAAGCUCCUCCGGACGUUCCUGAAGAGACAGGCCAUUAAAGCAGCUUUAGGGGAUCAAAGUCAAGAGGCGAUUCCCAGUCUGUCGUCUGUGAGACGAGAUGAGCAAGACGACAUGUACAUUCUGCCUGCACUUCCUCCUGAUGAGGACAGAGAGAAGAGCAGUUCAGAUGACGAAAGAGAUGGAGGCGAAUCACUGCAGACCUACAGCAGAUUCCAGGAAGAGGUCUAUGACAACCCUAACUCUGUAGACAUCAACUCUGAGGAGUUUUCCCUCAUGCCACCGGAGAUCAAGCACGAAAUCUUAAAAGAAAUGAAGGAAUUCAGUAAGAGGCGACGCACGCUGUUCCACAAACCCCCAGAGAGGUCAGGUGAGUUCUCGCAGUACCAGUUGGCGGGUCUCCUGCAGAGGAACAAACUCAACCAGCGUCUGGAAGGAGUGGAGCAGGAGAUGAACCAGCGCAGCUCUGGAGGAGUGGAGCAGCCGUACGGCCAGAACAAAGACCAUGAGAUGGAGAUCCGCCGUCUGGUGUCGGAGGACUCGUCACACUACAUCCUCAUCAAAGGGUCUCAGAAGAAAGCCAUCACUCCAGACAGCCGUCCGGCUCCAGCGCUGUGGUCCAGCUCUCCAUGGGAACCUAAAGGGAGGCCUAAAGGGAAGCCUGAGCCCUUGUGGCGGCCUGUGAAAGAGGAUGACGAGAACAAGCCUUCCUCCUCCACAUCCUGUGCUGAGGAGGAGCUGCUGGCGUCAGAUGGAGCACCUCCUUCUCCUCGCUCCCUGCAGGCCAUCCAGAGCGCCAUGAUGGACAGCAGCUCUGAAGAAGAAGCCGUGGCCACGAGAGGACAAAGGACAGCAGGAUCUGAAGAUAAAGAUGGACGCGUGUCGCCUCGAACUCUACAGGCCAUCCAAAGCGCCAUGAUGGAUCCCGCAGACGUCCACAAACGCAGGACGUAUGUCAUCACAAGCAGCUCAGAGGACGAGGAUGAAGCUGUGGUUCUUGACAGAAGCGUGGUCACGGAGGUGACUGGGGAUGGAGGUGUUUCUCCCAGGACUCUGUUGGCCAUACAGGAAGCUCUGGGAGACAAAGCUGUGGAGGUAACGGACCCGAGGAGCAGCUCUGAUGGAGAACAGGCAAAGGAGGUUCCUGGAAACAACAUUUCCUCACAGGAAGAGGCUUCAGGAUCCAAGAAUUUGUCCAGAACGCCGCUUCUUCUUGGUUCUGCAGUAUCUGAAAGGCGAGAGGAGAUGUGUGAGCCACAAGAUGCUGCAGUACAACUUCCUCUAAAGCAAAGACACCUGAGUGCUUCCUCUGAUGACAAACCUGUGAAUGCAGACCGAACAGAUCAGAUGAAGGAAAACAAAGUGAAAAGUGAAGAUGAUGAGGAAAGCAGCUCUGAAGAGAGUUUCAUCGAGGUGUCCGAUGCAGAGGAACCAUCUGAAACAGAAGAAUCUCACGUCAAAGCAGAAGCCUCAGAAGAGAAAGCGGAGGAAGAGGAGAGCAGAAAGGAAGAGUCCAGCAUCCAGAGCCCGGAUAAGAGUGAAGAAGUCAACAAGUCCAUAGAUGAAACUCCUCCUGCUGCAAGCGAGUGGGAUCACAUCGACGCGGAGGAGCUGCUGGAGCUGGACAGAGAACUGCAGUGUGAGCAAAUGAGCUUGAGAGAGCAGCAGCAGCAGCAGGAGCGCAGCAGCACCUCGGUCACCGGACAGAUGUACCAGGAGAGCCAGGAGCUGUUGCGUUUGUUCGGUGUGCCGUUCAUUGUGGCUCCGAUGGAGGCUGAAGCCCAAUGUGCAACGCUGGACCAUCUGGACCAGACGCACGGCACCAUCACUGACGACAGCGACAUCUGGCUCUUCGGCGGUCGUCAAGUCUACAAGAACUUCUUCAACCAGAACAAAUACGUGGAGCAUUACCAGUCCGUGGACAUGCAGAACCAACUAGGCCUGGACAGGACCAAACUGAUCAAUCUGGCAUAUCUGUUGGGCAGUGAUUACACUGAAGGCCUUCCAGGAGUGGGAUACGUUACAGGGAUGGAGAUCCUCAACGAGUUUCCUGGUGCUGGUUUAGAGCCUCUUGUUCAACUCAGUAAGUGGUGGACUGAAGCACAGGAGAAUAAGAAGUUGGUUGCCAAUCCCAAAUACACAAAGGUGAAGAAGAAACUGAGGAAUCUUCAGCUUCAUCCUGGUUUCCCAAACCCUGCUGUGGCUGAAGCUUACCUGCAGCCCACCGUCGACCAAUCAGAUGCCUCGUUCAGCUGGGGCCACCCUCACCUGCAGCUCAUCAAAGAAUUCUGUCAGAGCCGCUUCGGAUGGAGCAGCAGAAAAACUGAAGAAACGCUACAGCCAGUGCUAAAGCAGCUUCAGUCUCAACAGACGCAGCUGCGCAUCGAUUCAUUCUUUCGUCUGGAGCAGCAGGAGAGGCAGUCGAUCCAUAGCCAGCGUCUGCGCAGAGCCGUCACCUGCCUCAAGAGAAAAGAAAGAGAGGAGGAAGAGGAGGAGGAAGAAAGCUCUCCGUCUAAAAAGGGAAGGAACGGGGCCUCACAGCCGGAUGAGGCCCCUGCUACCACAGGGCCGUUAGCGGGAGGAUUCAUAGGGUCAGUGUGUCAUCAGAACUCACCUGCAGACACACUGGAUGAGACGAGAGGCGGAGUCAUGUCGCUGAUGUCAUCCAGGGCGGAGUCAAGCAGCUCUAGCUCAGAGGAUGAUGCUGAAUAUGGGAAGGGGGUCGCUAUGGUUACAGCACGCUCUGUGUUUGAGGGGAAAACGAGAGGAAGAGGGAAACGAGGAGGAGGAAGAGGAAGGAGCCAAAACAGAUUAUGAUUAAAAAAACACAUACAAAACAUACUUACUGAUGCCAUCAGAUAUGCAGAGUAAGUUUACAUGUGAAAUGUUGUCCUGAGCUGUCUAUGAGCUGUAUAAUUAACAUACUGUGUAAUCAUUUGAGAAAUGCCAACAUGGAAUCAUGUCAAAUUACCACAAAAAAAAGAGUAAUGCUUCAUCAGAACAGAUCUAUUAGCCUUCCAAAUAUUUAUGGUGCAUCAACAUCUCAGGUCUAUUGCUAUUUAUGUUUUUUACCAUCUUUAGAUGAAUUUGCAAAAGAACAGAGUUUGUUUUUUUUUUCACAUACAAUAAAAGUCUAAAAAACCUCA